AUGUCCCUUUCACCCCAGAAGGACCAGACGGACUUCAGUGUGAGCAUGGCUGUGACUUUGGAAGACGCUCCGUGGUUGGGCUGGAUUCUGGUGAAAGCGUUGAUGAGAUUUGCCUUUAUGGUCGCCAACAACGUGUUUGCUCUUCCAUCCUACGUCUUCUAUGUGAUUAUACUUCAGCCUCUUCGCGUGCUGGACAGUAAGCUGUUCUGGUAUAUUGAAGGAAUCAUGUAUAAAUGGCUCAUAGGAAUCGUGGCUUCUUGGGGAUGGUAUGCAGGCUAUACAGUGAUGGAAUGGGGGGAAGACAUUAAAGCGAUUUCAAAGGAUGAGGCAGUAAUGCUGGUGAAUCAUCAAGCAACAGGUGAUGUGUGCACUCUGAUGAUGUGUUUACAAGACAAAGGCCUGGUGGUUGUUCAAAUGAUGUGGUUGAUGGAUCAUAUUUUUAAGUAUACAAAUUUUGGAAUUGUUUCUCUAAUUCAUGGAGACUUCUUUAUAAGACAGGGAAAGUCUCACCGUGACCACCAGCUGCAGCUUCUCAAGAAGCACCUAGAAAACAAUUACAGGAGCCGAGAUCGAAAGUGGAUUGUUUUGUUUCCAGAAGGGGGCUUCCUCAGGAAGAGGAGAGAGACGAGUCAGGCAUUUGCCAAGAAAAAUAACUUGCCAUAUCUUACACACGUCACCCUGCCAAGGAUUGGGGCCACAAAAAUUAUUCUGAGUACACUUGUAGAACGGCAGGAAAAUGGAAUUCCAGCAGGAGGGGAUGCUAAACAACCAGACAGCAAACCAAAAGGCCUCCAGUGGGUGAUAGAUGCUACUAUUGCUUAUCCCAAAGCGGAACCGUUAGAUAUUCAAACCUGGAUCCUUGGCUACAGGAAACCAACAGUCACACAUGUACAUUACAGGAUCUUUCCAAUUAAAGAUGUGCCCCUGGAGACCGAGGAUGACCUUGCCAAUUGGCUCUAUCAACGGUUCAUUGAAAAAGAAGACCUCUUAUCACAUUUUUAUAAAACAGGAGCUUUUCCACCUCUCAAGGGCCAUAAGGAAGCUGUUUCCAGGGACAUGACCCUCAGCAAUAUGAGGCUAUUUCUCUCACACUCUUUCGCAUUUUUGUCAGGCUAUAUGUGGUACAAUGUCAUUCAAUAUUUUUACCAUUGCCUGUUUUAGAAAUUGACUCACCAAGGUCACCAUAGGAGUUCAGACUUUCAUAAAUGUACGUUAUUUUUCAUGUGCAAAUCAGAUUAUAUAUAUAUAUAUAUAUAUAAGGCAGAGGAAAUGAAUGGAUGGAUGAAUAUUUAUCCCCCUUGGGGAUAUUUUAAAACUCUACUAAAAUGAGCAUCAGUACUAUAAUGAUCUGCUAAUCUAUUUUAAGAAUUUCCAUGUUUUAAAAAGAUGUACUCUACCACACUUUUAAGCAAACAUCACAUAUGGAGAAAAGGAUGCCAUAAAAUCAUCCGAGAACACUGAGGAAUUCGGUUGCCACCAGAGAUACCUGAGAAUUUCGUUUAAGCCUGGAAAGUUGUAUCUGUUGCUCUUAGCAAAUAGUUUCUCUCUCAGCAGUGCUCCAGGCCCCUCAGUCCCCCAGUUCCCGCCCGGCUCCUGGCCACCUCUCAGGGAGCUGGUUAGCUGAAGCACUGUCUCCCUGUCACAUGAGGUCACCAAUGCAGAUCCUCAAGCAUCUUCCGUCGGGGCGGGGACAUGUUCCAGGACUAAAAUGCGUCUUUGAAGCCCUGCCCAGGCUAGUUCAGUCCAGCACCAUGUUUACAUGCGCUAGUGCUGUCCCCCAGACGCAGGGCCACAAGAUUCCUCUUGUUGUGUAGAAGUCAGACCAUAGAUUGAGAACUGUCUUUUCCAAAAUGCACUUUUAUAAGACGUGAAUAUUGUGACCAUCCGUACAUAGCCUAGCCUGAAAAGAAGUGCGUACAUCGUCAGGAUUCUUGGGGGAGGCUCUUUGGUCCCUUGUGUUUGCCUGCGUGCUGGCCUGCUGGCUGCCCAGUGCCCUGCCUGGGGCGCCUGCCCUUGCUGAGGCGGGAGUGCUAGCCUCAGCUCGGCGUUGGCUUUUGUUUUGUUCUCCACUUUGGCACACUAGCACCAAAUGCACUUGGGGAAAGUUGAAACAAAUUAAUGCCAAACACCUGAAGGGUCACUUUGCUGGGACACUGGCUAGUUUAUUUGCGGCGUGGGCAACUGGGGCCAGACAGUGACUUAAAAUGGCCACCAGUUGUCACCUGGCAGCCUGGAACCUGUGUGGACAGUGCUCUGCGGUUUCAGCAUCGCCCUGGAGGAGCUGCCGCCGGCCGGCCAGAAGACGGACCAGCACAACACUGAGAGCUUCUCAAGAGGAUAAAGUUGGUUAAUAUUUCUAGAAACUAGGACUGUUCUGUAUCUGUCACUGUGUUGAUGUGAUUUACCUCAUGGGCAAACCAAACUCUUCUCAUGAAGCAGUGGCAUUUCCUGGGCCCCUAACCCACGGCCCAGUGCUGAGGUAGAGUAGGCUCCUCCACGUGGGAUGCUGAGACUAUUAAGAUCCCAGCAUGCCAGUGGUAGUUUCCUGGGAGACGAGCAUUGUAGUCAGUCCCCUGUUGUCUCGAAUCACACAAGUAACAAUUUUGAGACGUAGACGAUAAAAUAAAAACAAAGGCUGAUGUUUUCCAUUUUUGAAUAAGCCAAAAACAAACUGAGAAGAUGUGACUUUUCCCCAGUUGUGUGGGAAAGGUAAAGCAACACCAAAUAAAUGCCCCCAGCAGCUGUCGGUCAAGAUAACUCCCUGCGCGUGUGAAAGCAAAUGGUGUGUUCACCGGAAUACCUCACACUGAAUAGUGUACUGCUACUGGUACAGUGCGGGUGACAGUGCUCAUGUGCUUGCUUUGGUCAUGUCGGUUGUUGGUGCCAUUAGGGGUGGGGAGGGGCGGGGAUCUAGGUAUUUCAUUGUGCGCCCAACAGAGGGACAGUUGUACACAGGAAACCAGCCUCACUUGUGCAGUAUGGCUGAGGGUGAUAAGAAGCCUAAUAGAAACCUAAAAGAUGCUUCUGUUUGCAACUCGGCAAGCACUACUAAUUUGUAAAGUAAAUGGAAAUGGUUCAUUUGAGAGAUUGGUUAGCUGCAGGGGAUCAGUUGCUUGCUGUCAAGUACAGCAUGUAGUGCCCUCCCUCCGAGAUGUUCUCAUCACUGCUAAGGCAAGCCAGAAGGUGGAAUGGCCAGUUCUGCUCUCAGAAAACAAAAACACCCACGUGUACAUAAAUGUGGGUUAGGCCUGCCAUUUCCAUCCCUGCUCCAAAGGCACACGGUAUCAGUGAACAACUGUCUGCACUAAACAAACGUCUGUAAGGUGCUUUGCUUUUCAAGCGCAGUAUCAUUUCAACUGUCUAGGGUGACAAAUACCAAUAGAUGUGUGAUUUAAUUUUUUUAGUGGACCUGUGAGUUGUAAAUAGAUGUGUAUUUGAUCAAAUUCUUUCAGCAACACAUGCUCCCUCUGCUACUUGCAAAAGGUGUGCCUGAGCUCGUUGGUACUGGUUUCCUUCUCAGUCCCUGGAGUUGGGCUUGCACUAGGGACAGAGUAGUGUUCUUCCAUGGUAGUCUGAGGAAGCAGCAGUCCUCCACUGUACAGAAUGGAAUAAAAAUUCCCAGUGCGUGCAUUCUUUGGGAAGAGACAGGAAAGGAGGUUUAAAGGAAGACACAUUUCAUCAAAGGGGAAAGGAAUCCAAACUAUGCCAGGCCUACACCACCCCACCCCCACCCCCACCAGGCCCCGUGGCUUGUGGACUCUCAGCACUUCUCAGGCCUGGCUGCUCUGCCUCGCCCUAGGAGAGGCUUGUGAACCCGGGCUGAGUCCGUGACGGGGCCUCCGCUUGGCUGCAGCAGGUCCAGUGACUACAGAAGGGACAGCCCAGCAGUUCGCCCUCGGCUUCGUUGGUGUUAAAUAGGCACAUGUUGUGGAGAGGCCUGUACACUAAUGAAAGAAAAUUAGAGGUGAAAACACUGUUUGGGGUGGGCAUAUACAUUGAUUGAAAAUCUAAGCCACAGAUUUCUUAAUAAGAUAGCUUCGAACUCAGAUGUCACAGUAUGAAGGUGUUUUCAAUAUUACAACCAACCCUUCAUUUUCCAUAGUAAAGGUACUAGGAUUAAAGAAUCCAGUAAUUAUAAGGAAACCAAAAAUACCAUUUUAUUUAUAUCUUUGAAUUUCUACUCUCAUAAAAGAACAUUUUUUUCUCUCUCUAGGGCUACUUGUUUUUUCGUUUUUGUUUUUGAAUGGUAUGCGUUGCAUUAUACGUUCUCUUGCCUGUGUAUUUAUGACUGUGAAUGAGUUGGGAAUGUGAAAUGACUAGGAAAGGACAGGUAUGAGGCAGAGGAGCCCCCAGUCCAAGCCUGCAUCAUCCGCACGCUGGACAGAGUGAUGGCACUGAAAUUGUUCUCAAGCUGUCUUAGGAAACCGUCACUCACCAAACUAUAAGCCUCCGCACAUACUCCGGAACACCACCGUCACGUGGCGGGACUUGAUGCUGAGAAUGCCGCUUCAGUCUUUGCUCACGUCACUCACUCCUUGUGCAUCUGUAACGCUUUUUGACAAUCAUUUUCUAACUGGUUCUUCGAACCAGUUGGACAUGGUUAGAAUCACAGGAAGUUGUCCUCAAUCAUGGGUGGAAUCAGAAUUCCUUUUUUAGAAAAUAUUUUAUUUGCACAGCAAAAUAGGAAGAGUUCAUUUUCUUCGUUUUUCGUUCAAAAUAAUUACACAGGAUUUCCUUGGGAGCUACACCAUGAGUGUGUCCAGCUCUGGUUCACAAAGGACGGGGAGAAAUGGCUUGUCUUAAGAUUACUGCUCUUCGUAGCUUGCCACGUGGUGUUGGAAACCACACAGUCGAAAGCAGCACGGGAGCAGUUACACCGGUUAGUUUGUGAGGCUGGAGACAAACCUCGUGCCGGGGACCAAACCACCUCGGGUGCCAGUCGAGAUCACCAACGGGCUGGGUGUGUGCUGGAGCAGUCAUGGCUGGUGCUUGAUUCUGAUCACUGUGCCCCGAUCCCUGGCCAUUAGGAACUGGGGCCUGGCCACUAGCUGAGGAGGCUGAACCGUUGGGGGAUGGUGACUGUAGCCACUUCAAAGAUCAAAUAGAAGUUUUCUGCAAAAUUUCCACUUGAGGGUUUUUACAUGCGCUAUUUUUUUAAACACCCCCUCCCCCCAGUGUAUGCACACAUCUUAUUGUUAGUGUGUAAAACUGUUGAACACAUGACUGGUACACAAGUUCUUGACGUGUUAGGAGUCGUGCAUUUACAGCUUCUCUCUGGUUGGGUAAUGACACAGUUACACAUUGAACUGCCAUUGUUUGUGUGGAGUGCUUUUUCUGGCGGUUGUGACAAAGUUGUAUUUAUUUGAUACAAAUGGCUUUCCUUAUGCUGUCGUUUUGACCGCCACGCGCUGCCCUUUUCUUCUCGGUGUCUGCAUGUUGCGAUGUAAGAUGAUCAGAACGAAUGUAAAGGCUGCGGCAACUGUAAGGGCUGGUCAAACGUGGCUCUGGUUAAUGAGUGCAUUUGGAAUUCUCUCAGUAACCAGAUCACCUCCUCAGAAAUUUAAACGUAAACACCAAAAGAAGCAUUUUCUCAACAAAAAUGAAUAGCUGGUUCUAUUUUGUUUUCCUUUUUAAACCUAGAAAAAAUAAAGUUGAUUUUGUUUUGUUUUUCAA